UUGGCCGUGAGGGUAUUUCACUAGACUUGACUUACCGAUGAGGUUGUUGAAUCAUGCCCCACCCUAGCCAAAUAGUGCAAAGGGCACUUCUUGCAUCGCUCCCUGCCCUCUUCAAAGCCUAAAUACUGACAUGCACAAGCAGAGCUUCCCAGCUGUGUUGGAGUUGUCAGUCUCAGAGGGGUGUGUUUUACAGCGCUCCGUCUCCUGCCUGCCCUAGGACUUCAGCUGUUACAAGCACUUUGGAAGGAAGCUGCUCACGGCUCUCUGCUUAGACCUAGCCAUGACGAGGACGUCUAUGUGCGUAUACCACUUGUUUGUCUUGAGCUGGUAUAUCUUCCUCAACUUUUAUAUCUCACCAGAAGGACAGGAUCCGCGGAUAUCCCUAAUUUUUCAAAAUGGGGGAAAAUGGAAGUACCUAACAUUGCUUAAUCUGCUCUUGCAGGCCAUUUUCUUCGGGGUGGCCUGCCUGGAAGAUGUGCUGAAAAGAACCAAAGGGGAAAAAGACAUUAAGUUCGUAACGGCCUUCAGAGACCUGCUUUUCACCACACUGGCUUUUCCACUAUCCACAUUUGUAUUUCUGGCAUUCUGGAUUAUCUUUCUCUACGAUAGAGAACUCAUUUACCCUAAGGUCCUAGAUACCGUCUUUCCAGUGUGGUUGAAUCAUGCAAUGCACACUUUCAUCCUGCCCUUCUCGCUAGUCGAGGUCAUCCUCAGACCACACUGCUACCCGUUGAGGAAGAAAGGACUCACUCUGUUGACUGCUGCUGGGCUCGCCUAUGUCAGCAGGACCCUAUGGAUCUACUCUGAGACGGGUACAUGGGUAUAUCCUAUGUUUGCCAAACUCAGCCCAGUGGGUCUAGCAGCCUUGUUCUCUCUCAGCCACAUCUUUAUCAUCGGCAUCUACCUAUUUGGAGAGAAGCUCAACCACUGGAAAUGGGGUGACAGAAUGCAACCGGGGAAGAAGAGGAAGUGAUCAGACACCGUUUUCCAAGAACUAAGAAGGAAGAAAACAUGAGAAAUUUUUUCCCAUCUUUGUUUUAUUUUUCCUGGUAGGGGAAGGUGGUGGAGCAACAUAGGAAAGUAGAAGGGACAGGGAAUGAUAUAUAAAUUUUAAACAAGGGUUAUGAAAGUAGGGGAUUAAUUUGAGGACUUUUGGCUUUUUGAAACAUUUGCCCCUAAAACAAUUCCUGCUCUCUUAGAAUUUGUGACCUCUGUCUGACCUCUGGGGAGGAUGGUCUGUGGUCAACGUCUCACUGAAGGCCAAAGAAACUCAUGUAAAUGCGAUGUCAGAGAAUGUUUAGAGAAAUGCAGUGUCAGAGAAUGUUUAAAGAGAAAGGAACUUAGGGUCAUCCACACUCUUCACAGAGAAGGAGCCUGAGGACCUAGACGGGAAGUUACCUCAUGCAGCCAAACCUUUAGUGUUAGAACCAAGAUAACAACUUUUAUCUCCCAGACCUGCCAACUCCCAGUCCUGGCCCAUUUCUGAAUAAUCCCAAUUUUCCUCAAAAGAAGCACUUUCAUAAGCUAGUUAUUUGCAUGGGUUUCUCAUCUAUUUUUUUUUUUUCCCUGUAAAUGGAAAUGUAGGAAGAUGGCUGCUGCUAGCAAAUUAACUGGGGCAAUGAGAAAAUAAGUUAUAAAAAUAUUGGGAAAUCUAUCCCUUUGUGAGCAAGCAUUUGGGGCAAGGAAACAUGGAACACAGGGACAUCGUUAGAAUCUCUUACAUGGGAACACUGAUUGAUUCGUUAAAUAAACGUACAUUUUACUUGGGG